AUGGAGAAGUCCUUCGUGGCUUCGCUGGAGGCGCAAGCGAGGGAUCUCUUCCAGAAGCUGCGGCAGGACGAGGGGAUACAGGAGAGCUUGCCGACCACGACUACGACCACGACGAGCCUGCAGCCUCUAGCAAUGGCCGUGAAAGAGGCAGCGUCGAAGGACGUGGGGGCGCUCGCAGCACACCGUGCAGCAAUCCACAACCGUGCCGCGACGCUGCGAUUCCUCCACGAGGUUGGUGUCAGCAUCAAUGCAACGGACAAGUUUGGACAGACUCCGGCGCAUGUGGCAGCCAAGAGGGGAAACGUGGAGGCGCUGGAGGCUCUGCGCGAGGCAGGAGCCGACAUGGAGGCGGCGGACGACGCAGGGGACACGCCGCUGCAUGCCGCUGCAUUCUACUGCGAGGUGGAGGCAGUGCGCUUCCUGAUCCAGGCAGGCGUGAACAAGACGGCAGUCAACAAGAACGGAAAGACUCCGGCCGACAUCAACGCCUGUGCUUACGAGCAGGAAGUAGAGCUCCUCCUCCAGGACGAGGAGGCGGGGCAGAGCUUGCAGCCAACUGCGGGCACGAACACGACGAGCCUACAACCAGCCGUGACAAGCGUGCGGCUGCCGGCGAUCUCUGUGAGAGAGGCCGCCGAGAAGGGCAACGUGUCGGCGCUUGCGGCGCACCGCAAGGCCGGGGUCGAUUUGGGGGCCAAAUUGCCCAGAGUCUUCGAGGAGAUUGGAUGGACGCCGGCGCACUAUGCCGCAAUCACCAACCAUUCGUCGGUGCUGCGGUUCCUCCACGAGGUUGGCGUUGACUUGAACGCGGCAACCGAUAACACUUCGUUCACUCCGGCCCACCUGGCAGCCGGCAGAGGCUACGUGGCCGUGCUUCAGGCGCUCCACGAGGCGGGUGCAAACAUGGCGGCGGCAGACGCUGCGGGAGAGACCCCGCUGCACCUUGCAGCCAGGUCCGGCGAGGUCGGCGCGUUGCGCUUCCUGAUCCAGGUAGGGGCGAACCAGAGCGCCGUGGACUUCCUGGGAAGGACUCCGGCCGACCUUGCGUUCUCGAGCGGACAGCAAGAAGCGGUGGAACUCCUGAAGGCCUCAAUCACCACCACGCCGGCCGGCAGCUGGGACAGCACAUAUGGAAAUUUCGAGGCCUACGAGGACGGCACCACGGCGGAAGUCGCCGCCGCCAGCACCAACAUCACGGCCGUGAGAGAGGCAGCCGAGAAGGGCAACGUGUCGGCGCUUGCGGAGCACCGCAAGGCCGGGGUCAACUUGUCGGCCCCCGUCGAUGAAUACGGGUUGGGCCUCACCCCGGCGCACUAUGCCGCAAUUUACAACCGUUCGGCGGCGCUGCGGUACCUCUCUUACCAGGUUGGGGUCGACAUCACUGCGACGGACCAUGAAGGAAGAUCCGCGGCCUAUUGGGCAGCCGAGCGUGGAAAGCUGGAGGCCCUGGAAGUGCUGCGCGAGGCAGGAGCCGACAUGGAGGCGGCGGACCAUAGAGGGGACACGCCGCUGCACGCCGCCGUACUCCAGUGCCAAGUGGAUGCAGUGCGCUUCCUGAUCCAGGCAGGCGUGAACAAGACUGUUGUGGACAAGGAGGGCAGGACUCCGGUCGACAUGAAUGCCUGUUCGUGGGAACCGGAAGUGGCGUUCCUCCUCCAGGCCCAAAUCACAACCACCACGACCGCCAGCUGGGGCAGCACCAGUGGAUAUUUGGAGGUCUUCAACGAGUCUACAACCUCCAUGGCCGGAGAGUUCGAGGCCUACGACGGCAUGACCACCGGAAAGUUCGAGGCCUACGACGGCAUGACCACCGGAAAGUUCGAGGCCUACGACGGCAUGACCACCGGAAAGUUCGAGGCCUACGACGGCAUGACCACCGGAAAGUUCGAGGCCUUUGUGCGGGCCUACGACGGCAUGACCACCGGAAAGUUCGAGGCCUUUGUGCGGGCCUACGACGGCAUGACCACCGGAAAGUUCGAGGCCUUUGUGCGGGCCUACGACGGCAUGACCACCGGAAAGUUCGAGGCCUUUGUGCGGGCCUACGACGGCAUGACCACCGAAAAGUUCGAGGCCUUUGUGCGGGCCUACGACGGCAUGACCACCGGAAAGUUCGAGGCCUUUGUGCGGGCCUACGACGGCAUGACCACCGGAAAGUUCGAGGCCUUUGUGCGGGCCUACGACGGCAUGACCACCGGAAAGUUCGAGGUCUUGGCGCCCGCAAGGGGCCUGACAACCGAACAGAACUCCGGCUUCGUCUGCGUACAAAAAGGUGCCGAGACGGCGGACACCAUCGCCGUGAUGUUGGCCAUGCAGCGCUCGGGGACGAACUUCCUCGCCGUAGAGCUGAGCCGACACCCCUGCAUCGACUUGCAGCACGAACUCUUCAACGACCUGAAAAAGGCAGGCUUCCCAUGGAAAGUCCUGAAACGAUUUCUCUUCCUGGACUUCGACGCUUCUGCCAUUGCACACUUUCCGGAGAACACCCAGGACAUUCUGAGCCGUUCCCUCGAGUCUUUCAAGGCCGGUGUCCCAGUGAGGGGCUUCAACUGGAAGCUGAACCAGGACUUCCUGCCUGCCUGGGGGACCUGGUUGCCAGACCUGAUGGUAAAGCAUCGCGUCCGCCUGAUCUGGGUGCAGCGGAACAAUUUGCUGCGCCGCAUCUUCUCAAACCAGGCGAACAAGAAAACUCGCACAUGGGGCACCACGAACGAGAGCGUGGCGAAGACCGUCGGCUCUGUGAAGGUGCAGCUUGAUGAGGCCACGAUCCUGGAAGAGCUUCGGAAGGAAGAGGAGAAAGUCAAAAAAGCAAAGCGGGUCGUCAAGGAAGCAAAGCGCCGGGGCCUUCGCGUGCUGACGGUGUAUUACGAGAAUGUCAGUGAGAGCCUUUCCGAGCUGAGGAACUUUUUGCUGGACGGCACCUCCUGCGCAAAGAACGCAGACGCCCAGCUGGAGAAUCUGACCGGGUAUAGCAAGAUACACACGAAGCCGCUACAAGAUUCCAUCGAGAACUUUGAGCAGCUGAGACGGAAGCUUCUGCACACGAAGUGGGAAUGGAUGCUCUAUGGAUCUUAG